AGCUUCGAAAUUUUUGAGUCGAAGAAAAAAAAUGGCGACGGUACAAUUGUUCACCCAAUUUCCCUGCAAAACCAGAGUUUCAAUCCCACCGAACUCUAAAUCUAUCUCCAAGCCUCCGAUUCUGGUACCGAUGAGCUCAAUUAUUCACCGUCCGGUGUUCUCCACCAGAGGAAUCGCUGUUUCCCGUGCGGAUUUCAGAGUCCGAGCCACAGAUGCGCCGGGGGAGAGAGGAUCAGCUCUAUUGGCGGCGGAGGAAGCAAUCGAAGCUGUGGAGGAGACGGAGCGGCUAAAGAGAUCGCUUGCGGAUUCGUUGUACGGAACAGAUCGAGGAUUGAGCGCAUCGAGCGAGACCAGAGCUGAAAUCGGAGAUCUAAUCACACAGCUCGAGUCUAAGAACCCUACUCCAGCUCCGACGGAAGCUCUCUUCCUUCUCAACGGCAAAUGGAUCCUCGCCUACACAUCGUUCGUGAAUUUGUUCCCGUUGCUUUCACGAGGAAUCGUGCCGUUAGUAAAAGUAGAUGAGAUCUCACAAACCAUUGAUUCUGAUAACUUCACAGUCCAGAACUCUGUUCGUUUUGCUGGUCCUUUAGGUACAAACUCGAUUAGCACCAACGCUAAGUUCGAAAUCCGAAGUCCUAAACGCGUCCAGAUUAAGUUUGAGCAAGGCGUAAUUGGGACGCCUCAGUUAACGGAUUCGAUUGAAAUACCGGAAUAUGUAGAGGUUCUUGGUCAAAAGAUUGAUCUUAACCCGAUCAGAGGGUUACUUACCUCGGUGCAAGACACAGCCUCGUCUGUGGCUAGAACCAUAUCAAGCCAACCACCGUUGAAAUUCUCUUUGCCAGGGGACAAUGCGCAGUCGUGGCUACUCACGACUUAUUUAGACAAAGACAUUCGGAUCUCUAGAGGAGACGGUGGAAGCGUCUUUGUGCUUAUCAAAGAAGGAAGCCCUCUCUUGAAUCCUUGAACUUCGUCAAAAUCUAUAUCUCUCUCUCUUGUUGUUGUGUUAAGUAAGACAAAUAUAGUGUUGUUGUAGGUUUACUUCUUAAUCGUUAUUAUUAACUCGAUGAUAAGGAAAUAUAAUGUUUUUAACUGC